GACUUUUGGCGGUGCACUCCGAUAGACGGCACUUCCGGUGAGGGUAGUCUCGUCAGGGCCCGUGAGUCUACGAGUGGAGACCUGCGGAGUCCUAGGCGGUGGAGGCUGGAGUGAGGCGGGCAGGAGAGGCCUGGAGCUGAGGACCGAGUGUUGAAUAAGCACAUAUAUAUAUCAUUCUAAGAACCAUGGAUGAAGAGCCAGAGAGAACUAAGCGGUGGGAAGGAGGCUAUGAGAGAACCUGGGAAAUUCUUAAAGAAGAUGAAACUGGAUCACUUAAAGCUACAAUAGAAGAUAUUCUCUUCAAGGCAAAGAGGAAAAGAGUGUUUGAGCACCAUGGACAAGUUCGACUUGGAAUGAUGCGCCACCUAUAUGUGGUGGUGGAUGGGUCGAGAACAAUGGAAGAUCAGGAUUUAAAGCCCAAUAGACUGACGUGUACUUUAAAGUUGUUGGAAUACUUUGUAGAAGAAUAUUUUGAUCAAAACCCUAUCAGUCAGAUUGGAAUAAUUGUUACUAAGAGUAAAAGAGCUGAAAAACUGACUGAACUCUCAGGAAAUCCAAGGAAACAUAUAACAUCUUUGAAGAAAGCUGUAGAUAUGACCUGCCAUGGAGAACCAUCACUCUAUAAUUCUUUAAGCAUGGCUAUGCAAACCCUAAAACACAUGCCUGGACAUACAAGUAGAGAAGUACUAAUCAUCUUCAGCAGCCUUACUACCUGUGAUCCAUCUAAUAUUUAUGAUCUCAUCAAGACCCUGAAGACAGCUAAAAUUAGAGUGUCUGUUAUUGGAUUAUCUGCGGAGGUUCGAGUUUGUACUGUACUCGCUCGUGAAACUGGUGGCACAUACCAUGUUAUCUUAGAUGAAACCCACUACAAGGAGUUGUUAGCACAUCAUGUGAGCCCUCCUCCUGCCAGCUCAAGCUCUGAGUGCUCACUCAUUCGCAUGGGAUUCCCUCAGCAUACCAUUGCUUCUUUGUCUGAUCAGGAUGCAAAACCAUCCUUCAGCAUGGCGCAUUUGGAUAAUAAUAGCACUGAGCCAGGACUUACAUUGGGAGGCUAUUUCUGCCCACAGUGUCGAGCAAAGUACUGUGAGCUUCCUGUUGAAUGUAAAAUAUGUGGUCUUACUUUGGUGUCUGCACCUCAUUUGGCAAGAUCUUACCAUCAUUUAUUUCCUUUGGAUGCUUUUCAAGAAGUUGCCCUAGAAGAAUAUAAAGGAGAAAGGUUUUGUUAUGGAUGUCAGGGGGAAUUGAAAGACCAACAUGUCUAUGUUUGCACAGUGUGCCAAAAUGUUUUUUGUGUGGACUGUGAUGUCUUUGUUCAUGACUCUCUCCACUGUUGUCCUGGCUGUAUUCAUAAGAUCCCAACUCCUUCAGCACACCAUGAUUGAUCAGCUAGCUGAAAACAAACUGCUGAAUUAAAGAAGUUUCUCCUUAUUGGAUGAAGAUGGUGAUGGCUAUAGGAACAUGAACUUGGCUCUCCAAUGUGGUCACUGACAAAACCCAACAAGCCAAACUUCAGGAUAUACCCCAGAAUUUUUACUCUGAUGGAAAAAAGGAAGGAAAAAGAAGAAGAAUGCAAAUGCUGUAGCUCACAUGGACUCUGCUUCAGUUCUUGCCUCUAGGCACCUACUUUGAGUUCUUGCCUUGGCACCCCUCAGUGAUGGACUGUUAUCUGUGAGCAAAAGAGCUCUUCCUUUCCUGAGCUGGUUAUGGUUAGGUUUUAUCACAGGAACAGAAAACAAACUAGGGCAGUGUGCAUUUGAAAAUGUUCUUUUUCAUGUGUACACAUCUUGCUUAAGAAAGUGGUGUCAACGCCAGCCGGGCGGUGGUGGUGCACGCCUUUGAUCCCAGCACUUGGGAGGCAGAGGCAGGCUGAUUUCUGAGUUUGAGGCCAACCUGGUCUACAGAGUGAGUUCCAGGACAGCCAGGAGUACACAGAGAAACCCUGUCUCAAAAAAACAAACCAAAAAAAAAAAAAAAAUGGGUAAGUUAAGUACAUCUGUCCAAAAUUUACACGAGAGUCUCCAGAGAGAAUGGAAAUUUAAUAAAUUGGAGAAGAAAGUCUAAUAUAUGAAGGGAAAACUCAGGAAGGGAGUUGAAACAUUAAAAACCAAAUAGAAGUACUGAAAAUGAAGAAAAUGGUUAAUUAAGUAUAAACACUUCCACAUCAGGAAGUAUUGCCAAAAGACGAGACCAUGCAGAUGAACAAACAUAAGGGAUGAGAAUGCAAAGAGGAGACAGCUGUACAAACAGACAUAUAUAAGGAGAAAAUUAAGCAUGAAUGAUAUUUUCAUGAAGUCUGAGAUGCAUUUAGGAGGGCAUGGUGUAUAAGAAGCAGAGAUAAAGUCAAAAGGAAUAGAUAAUGUUUAAUGAAAUUAUACUAGAAAUGUCUGAAACCCAGAGAAUGAAGUGGACAUCCAAAAGAUCCAGAAUACUGAAAUCAGUAUGACUAGUGAAGAAAUUCACCAUACUUCAUAGUCAAGAUGUCAGAAAUACAAAGUAAAGAAACACUAUUAGCAUGGUAUGAGAAAUAGAUAACUCAUCUUACCAAAGCAGGAAUAUCUAGAUAGACAAUUCAUCUGAACCUAGAAAAGCAUGAACUGAUAUAUUUGAAGUUCUGAAAGUAAGUAACUUUGAACCAAGAAUGAUAUACCCAGAAAAGUUAACUUUCACAAUUGAUGAAGAAUAAGGAUUUUUCAAGACAAACACAAAUGGAUGCUAUUUAUAGUAGACAAACCAACAUUGCAGGAUGUUAAAGGAAUAUUACAGAGCACUAGUUCUCAGUCUUCCUGAUGGUGUGAUCUUUUAAUAAAGCUCCUCAUGUGGUGACCAAAAA